GAAUCUUACUCUUUGGAUCCUAAGCAAAUAGGCUUAGCAUCAAUAUAUUCGUAUUUGUACGUACACAUAUAAGGGAAAGUGAAAAAGAAAGAAUAUGGCUUCUAGAAAGCCUCAAUUGCUGAAUCCAGCAAUGUUCGUCAUUCUAUGCCUCCUUUCACUGAGUCUUUUUGACUGCUCGGUGUUUGUGCCGAGUAUCCCCGCCACAAUGCCAAAGAUCAUCGAUAUUUUAUCCCACUAUGGGACGACUUACGAUUGUGAGGUUUGUGGUGCGGUUCUGGAGGGUAUCGAUAUUAUGCAGCAUGCGGCAUUGAAUUCAAUGAAGAGCGGCGUGUCUCUUAUAAAACCUCCUAACGUAGGAUCAGGAGUUCAAAAAUGCUUUGAUCUACAGCAUGCGACACUUAAAUAUCCGAGUGGUGCUAAAGUUGAGUUCAGCCAUGAAAUGCACCACUACUGCCACAACAUAUUGGAGUGGACGCUCCAUCUGUUCGAGACUAGCAAUAACAAGAACGACGCCAUAGUCUCGUUCGUAUGGAAAAAUCAUGCUCUUCUUUGCUUUUAUAUUGUUCAGCAGAUGCCGAAAGCUAAUCGUGCCUUCUUUAAGAAUAAACAGAAUAUGUGUACACCAAAGCAGUGCAUCGCUUCAUUGAAGGGGGAGGAAGACAGCAUCACUUUUCAGUUUCCGGAGCCUUCGCAGGUGAGCAGAUCUUCCUAUACGAUUCCGUUAUACACCUACACGUGGUUUCUGCGAUACCCGUUGAAUGCAGCACAUCAAGAACGGUGUCAUCAAUUCUGUGAGGCGACUCUGAACCUAAAGGAACGUGUGCAAUUGUUCCUAUGGAGGCUGUUGGUGGUCUGCAAUGUGCACCACAUUUUAUAUGCGUGCCGACACAUCUAUCCAUGGCUUGUUCGGACCCUGGCUGUCCUGACGUUUCUCUUCUCUCGGGCUAUUGGAAACUAUGGCCCUAUGAAUAUGUAUCCUCCAAAGUCAAAAGACUUGGAUGUUUCGCAGCCUGGGCUCAAGGAUAGCGUGUCGCGCAGCGAUCGUAAUGGAAUCUCAAUGAGAGGGUCUAACUCUCUUAAUCAGGUGAAUGGAAAUCAAGCGAGCGGCUCUAAUUUUGCAUACCAUCUUGACACCUACUACCAGACUCGAUCGAGCCAGACUUCGAAGCGAAAGAAAAGAUAA